CCAGGAGCUUCAGAUGUGAAGGGCUAGUUUGAUCACUAGGACUAAUUCAGUCUUGGCUUCUCUACUCAGACACUCAGCUGGGGUAUCAAUUAAUGCAAGUUAGAGUGUUUAUAAAAGGUUGUGGAUACUUAUUUAGAAAAUGAGCCAUUUCCCUCAAAGUCCUUUCACAUAGGUCAUCAAACUGCUAUCAGAGUUUAAGGGUGUGAAGGUUUUCAAUGCAGCUUUAGCAUUUAUGCUGUAAAAGAAUAAUGAAGAAAAAAUUGUUUUUUUGCCUGGAAGAGGCUGGUACCAGCAGUUCUCCAGAAGGCAGAAUGCCAGAUUAGGGCCACUGAAAAAAAUUGCCUUCUUUUGAAAAGGUUUUGCUUCACUGAGUUUGGAAAAGUUAUGAAAUAUCUGUAAAAAAUCCAAAACACCGAGUUUUAGGACUGUUGUGGAGUAUCCACUACAUUUUAAAGACGGCAGCCCUCCCGCUGUGACGUUACACUGGCAUCCUGCCCAAAAUUCUCUAGCACUGAGAAGAAAGGGUCUGACACAGAGGUGACACAAGAAGACAUGUAUUCAAUCUAGAAGAGCAACAUCAUGGAAACAAGAAUGAUUCCUGACCAAUCUAAAGACAACCCACAUUUCCUGGACACAAGUACUGAGCCACUUCCUAUCAAGAGAAUGUAUCCUUAUUUUUCUAAGUUAAAGCUAUUUCUUGGGGCGCUAGCAUUCUCCUUUUUCGCCAAAGGAUUUUCUGGAAGCUACAUGAAUAGUAUGUCAACUCAAAUUGAACGGAGAUUUGAAAUUCCCUCAUCAAUUGUCGGCCUCAUUGAUGGAAGCUUUGAGUUAGGUAAUUUAAUGGUGAUGAUUCUGGUGAGCUAUCUUGGACCAAAAGUUCACCGGCCCAGAGUAAUUGCUGUUGGAUGUCUCAUCAUGUCAUUUGGAGCAUUUUUAUCAGUGAUGCCUCACUUCCUAAUGGGACGUUAUAAUUAUGAAAGAAUACCGCUUACAGAGGACAACUCAUCUACAAGUUUAUCAGCGUGCUCUCUGGCAUUACCUUUAUAUCAUCCAACUUUCAAUUCCAUGGAAAUGACUAGGGAGUUGAAAAAUUCUGGUUGUGAAAAAGUAGCAAGCUCCUAUCUGUGGAUGUUUGUAAUGAUGGGGAACCUUUUACGUGGAAUCGGUGAAGCACCUAUUAUGCCACUAGGGGUUUCAUAUGUUGAUGAUUUUGCCAAAGAAGAAAACUCAGCAUUCUACAUAGGUGCCAUAAGAUCAUCUGGAAUGGUUGGCCCAACACUUGGCUUUUUGCUUGGCUCUUUCUGUGCUAAUCUGUGGGUAGACAUUGGAGUGGUGGAUCUUGAGAGUUUAACCAUAAAUCCCAAAGAUAUUCGUUGGGUUGGAGCCUGGUGGCUUGGACUGGUGAUAUGUGCAGCAGUCAAUUUUCUGGCUUCAUUGCCUUUCUGGUUCCUUCCUUAUUCCUUACCAAAAGAAGGAGAAGAAAGAAAUUUCAAGAAGCUGAGUGAAUCAUCUAUAACUAUCCAAGAAGAUCACUGUAACAUAGAACCCACAAAUCAACCACAGCUGAAGUUUUCAGAAGCAGUAAAAGAUUUCCUACCAACUUUGAAGAAACUUCUUGGGAACCCAGUCUUUCUGGUUUACUUGCUUCUCACUGUUCUGCAGUAUAAUUCUAUGGUUGGGUUGAUAACUUUUGAGACAAAGUUUAUGGAACAGCAAUUUAAUAUAUCAGUGUCAAGAGCCAUCUUUCUAAUCGGUGUGAUACUUUUGCCAAUUACAAUUCUGGGCAUGUUUCUGGGAGGCUUUAUCAUUAAAAAGUUCAAGUUACACAUAACUGGAAUGGCAAAAUUUGCAAGUGCCACCUUUAUAACUGCAUAUCUGUUAAGCUUCCUGUACUUCGCAUGCGAUUGUGAGGUGCUCCAGGUGGCUGGUUUAACAGUUUCCUACUCUGGAGUAAAACAAUCUUCCAUCCUAAAAAACAACCUAAUUGCCAGCUGCAAUUCUAACUGCAGCUGUGUAUUGAAUCAAUGGGAUCCUGUAUGUGGGGACAAUGGAAUCACUUAUAUGACCGCAUGUUUUGCUGGUUGUAAAUCCUCAAUUGGGACUGGAAAGAACAUGGUGUUUCACAACUGCAGCUGUGUGCAAGGUCAAGGGCCCGAGACUGGCAAUUUCUCUGCAAUUCUGGGACAGUGCCAAAGAGAAAAGUGUACUAAAACAUUUCCCUAUUUUUUAGCAUUACUGAGCAUGUGUGCACUUUUUUUAGCAUUAGGAGCCACUCCUGCAUACAUGAUCAUGUUUAGAUCUGUUUCACCAGAGUUGAAAUCCUUUGCUGUAGGCAUUGAGGCUUUGUGUGGAAGGAUACUAGGAGGACUUCCAGCUCCUAUUUAUUUUGGAGCUUUGAUAGAUCAGACCUGCUUGAAAUGGGGAACAAAGAAGUGUGGGGGCUCAGGAUCUUGUAGAGUGUAUGACACGAAAGCAUUCAGAAAUGUCUAUCUUGGACUCACUGCAGGACUGAGGACAGGAUGCUGCUGCUUAUAUAUAACACUCUCCAUUUUAAUAAUAAAACGAUUCAGACCAGAGAGCAAAGAGGUGAUAGAUUUGAAAAAUACAAAAGUACCAUCCAAGAAUGGGUCAACUAAUGUAAUCAAAAAGGAAACUUUUCCAUGUUCAAAAGCUUCGGACGCAAACGAUGAAACAUGUAUGUGAACAGAACAAAGGCAUUUUAUAACUUUGAAUGCUGAUAUGCAGGUUUUCAAAGUACUACAUGGGGCCAAAUAAGGAAGUCUACAGCUCUUUGGAAUGUCAAUGACCAUUUUCCAAGUUUAUACCCUUCACUUCCUUUCCAAAAAGCAGGGAAAAAUUAUUCUUCUAUUUUUGUGUUUUUAACCAGUUUUUAAGGCUGGUAUUGAAAUGUUUCCAGUUUCAGAUUUUGAUGGGGAAAAAAAACAGAUGGGAAAUUUAAAAUAAAAAAAAAAAUCCUUGUUCUUCAACCUGAUCUAUUUAAGUUCUUGCCCUGAGUCUGAUCCUGCAAUUCUUAUUAUAUCAAAUAUUCCUUAUAUACCCAAUUGUUCUUCCUGAGUUCGAUGGGUGCACUUGCAUGAAUGAGGAUUAUUCACAUUAAUAAGCCUUGUAGGGCUGGUCCCUCAGUUGUCCUCCAGCCAGGCAAAAGCCACCUUGACCUCAAUGAGCUUUGAGUCUGAAUAAACACUUCAUGAAAACUUCAGGAUUUGUCUCAAACAUUACCCAGUGAAAAUAAACUGCAAAAGAUAGACUAUACUGUAUUAAUUUUAAAGUCCCUUUCAGUAUUGAAUCAAACCUUUUGUCAUCAUUAUUAUAAUUAGUCUGAUCCAGGACAAUGAGGUGGCAGAUACUGGAAUUACAUGUCUUUGUUUUUUAAUUUUUUUUAUUUUAUCAACGUAAGUUUGAAAUAAUUGAAAGACUAUUAUAUAAACACGUCAUCCCCCAUAAAGUACCAAAAAAGGGCCAUUACAUAAAGUGCUAAAAGCUCUCAAACAGUGCUGCCGUGACAUGACAGAGAAGCGAGCUCCUUAAUAACAAAUGCACCUAUCGUUUAUUACUAAAAUAUCUCUACAUCAAUACCUGAAGUGUGAUGUCCCCCUGACAAAGUCUGCUGUGUGGCUUUUUUUUUUUAAGGGAAUGAAUAUUACUAAUAAGAACAGCUCUGCAGUCGCAUCAUGUUGUGUCAUAUGCUUAGGGGUAGUCUAUGCUCUAGAUCAUUUGCUGAUUUAGUGAAGCUGACAGAACGCCCCCUAAAGGAGAUGCAGUGUAGGCUGACAGCAGUUCUUUCACUGGCACAGCUAGGCCAUCUUCCCAAACAUUAGCUAAGCCAGAAGAAGCAUUUUUCUGCCAGCGUACUCUCAUCUACAGCAGGUGUCUUCUGAGCCAACAUAGAUAUGCCAGCAAAACUUUGUACUAUAGACUUUUGCCCUAGUCUAGGGUUAAAUCUUUGUCUCCACAGGCUCUUUGCACAGUCCGAGGGGCUGUGAGAAACAUGCAUGACUGGACUGUAAUCUCCAUAGCUUAGGCUAUCGUACAGAAAAUGGAAGGAAGCUCAACAGGUCUAAAAAAUGAGAUCUGCUUUGUUUCCCCUGGAAAGUUGGCUCCCCAAAGAGCCUGUGAUUCCACCAGCUCCCUCAUCCCUACCACUCUGGCUAUAAACUCAAGCACAUGACACACGUGCAGGUCACCUGUGUGGGAGCUCUUCAAAUUCUGGUCCUGGGCAGAAGACUUGCCCCCAUUUUCCUAUUCAACCAAUUCAACCAACAUGUUCAUACGUUGUAGCCUGAAGUCAAAAGGCCCUUUAUACAAGAACCUCAUUCAACUAGUUAGUGAUGAUGGUGUUUCUAGGCCGACAUACACACAUGCCUGCUGUCUUCUAUGUCAGCAUUCGAGAGGGGCUUGGCUCAAAAUCCCAGCUUCAAACACACCGGCACAUUCAGGUAUUCAACAUUAGUGGGCCCCCUUCUCCUCACACUUACAUUGGUACAAUUGCAUUGAUUUCUCUUGCUUUGCUCCUGAGUGACACACUGAAAAUGAGAAGCUCAGGCCCUCUUACAUGAUGAUUAGCAUAAUAGCUUGAACUGAACGCAGGCUCCACACAAUUCAUUUUAUUUUGGGGGGGGAGGUGAUAAAUUAAAAUAUAUUGAUGCCUGCUGAUCAGUGAAUAUAUGCCAUAGCAUGUUUUACUCUAAAAUAUUUUUGACAAAACAAGAGCCCUAUUUGCGCACAAUUUUUCUUUACCUUUCGCAGUAGGUUCUGUUUUUGCUGCCGCCAAAGCAAUAUGUCAGGCUGAGAGUGAAGCAUGGGUCAGGAUUGGCGAUCCAAGAGCACAACGCCAUGUCCUGAUUAAUGUGGGAUACGUCUACCAGGUGUUCUUACAAACAAAUGUAGAUCCUGACACAAUGAUACAGAAAUAGUUCCCCUCAGUAAUGGAUGUUUGAGUCAUUCUGGCAGAAGUCUCCCUGCCCCCUCAAAGCCAAAUAAAAAACGUACACGUCAUUAUGUGAAACAUGGUUGUGAUGGUUUUGUCCCUUGCCUCAUGCUUUAUGAAAUUGACUUAUGGAUACACAUAUGCUUAACUCAAAGAUGCUUUGAACAAAAUACCUCGUGUAACCUAUCGAUUAUGAUGUCACAAUUUGCUGGAUCUGUAGAUCUUGUUUUGGCGUAGAUAUUCUUGUAUGAAGCGUUAGCUCAGUGAUCGCCAACCUUUUUAAGCACAAGAUAACUUUUUGAAUUUAAGUCAGUCCAGGCUUUACUUAAAACCCAAAUACCCCUGCUCUACUCCUUUGCUGAGGCCCCACCCUCCUCACUCUGUGAAGAUGGGCUACAGGAGAAGGGGAUAGAGAGACAUCAGUGCACCCCUGCCUCUGUCUCCCCAAUCUUGGACAAUGAGGAGGCUCCCAGGGGCAGCACUGGUAGCCUCCCAGCCAAACCAGUCAGGAUCACCUGUCAGACGCUCCAAGAUCUACCAGUAGAGCCUGAUCUACUGGUUGGUGACCACUACGUUAGCUAUAUGGAGUAUGGAAAUGGUUUAUGGUUGUAAAUGUGCAAAUGAAAACCAUCAGGGCUGUUUCCAUCAAUGUCUGGGUGCUCACCUGUAAAUAGCCCCUUUUGUCCUUUAAAUCUUAUUAAUUAGGGUGAUCAUAUGUCUUCCUAAGGCCAACCACUGCUAAGGUCUGACCAGGUAAUUUUCUGUGGAAGGGUGGAAUGUAAUGACAGCAUUCCCAUCCAAAAGGAAGGCUCUUUAGGAUGCAAAGUUUUCAGGCCCUUGGUGUUUGGCUGGCAUGUCACUCCCAAGAGAAUGAACCAGAGAUCCAGGGGGAAAAGGUCUUCCCUAAAUAACAACAGUUUUAGUGUAAUUUGAGUGUUAUAACUAGUUCUACUUUGUUUUUUAUUUUAAAUUUGUAAUGCACCUUGCUCUGCCUGUUUUCACUUGUAAUCACUUAAUCCUACUGUUUGUACUUAAAAAUCACUUUUAUGUACUAUCAAGUCCAGUGUAAAUAAUGGUUCAAUAAUAAAAUAAGU